GUUAUUUUUAAUUAUUUGAUUCAAUCUGAAGAAUCCUCUUUGAAUAAAAAUGAAACCAAGUAGGAGAGUGGAGUGGUUUCAUUGGUUACAACUUUACACACAUGCACUCUCUAUAAUACAUAUACCACAAAUUCUUGUUCUUUCCCUUUGCUUCACCUCUCUUUCUCUCUCACUCUCUCUCUCGCUUCUCCAUUUCCUGCACUUGUUCUCUUUCUACUAUUCGGGUUUUGCUUGUUUUGUUUUCCUCUGACGACCCACUUUUGCAGAUUCUCAAGGAUUCUUCAAAGUUUUAGUCUUUUGUGUUAUUGUUCCAGAUUCUUCAAUUUAUGCAAAAAUCUCUCACUAAAUCAGGUUCUUUGAUUCCAUCAUUAAACUAUUCGUUAAUUUCCCCCGUUUGAUUCCUAUAUAUCUUUAGAUCCUAUAAAAUUAAAAGCUUUCAGUCUUUCACUACAUCCACAAAUCAAAGCUUCAAGCUACCAAAAAAUUAGAGAGAACAAAACUCAUAACUACUUUAUAGGUGAAACUUUUUCUCUCCUAGCCUUUAAACGAUGGAGACUCUGCAUCCACUAAUCUCGCACGUGCCAACCUCUGACCACCGGUUCGUAGUUCAAGAGAUGAUGUGCUUGCAAAGCUCGAGCUGGACUAAAGAAGAGAACAAGAAGUUUGAGCGAGCCCUCGCUGUCUAUGCUGAUGAUACGCCUGACCGCUGGUUCAAAGUUGCUGAUAUGAUCCCUGGAAAGACCAUAUCUGAUGUCAUGAGGCAAUACUCUAAGCUUGAAGAAGACCUCUUCGAUAUUGAAGCAGGACUUGUCCCAAUCCCGGGUUACCGUUCUGCUCCAUGUGGAUUCGAUGAUCAGCUUGUGAGUCUGCGUGACUUUGAUGCGUAUCGUAAACUGCCUAAUGGAGCCAAAGGUUUUGAUCAAGAUCGAAGGAAAGGAGUCCCAUGGACGGAGGAAGAACAUAGGAGGUUCUUGUUAGGGCUUCUGAAGUACGGGAAAGGAGAUUGGAGAAACAUAUCGAGGAACUUUGUGGGAUCAAAAACACCGACUCAGGUUGCAAGCCAUGCCCAAAAGUACUACCAGAGACAGCUCUCCGGCGCCAAAGACAAACGUCGGCCUAGCAUUCACGACAUAACCACCGUCAAUCUUCUGAACGCCAAUCUCAGCCGUCCAUCGUCUGAUCAAGGCUGCUUCGUUUCAGAACAGGCCGAGCCGAAACAAGGGUUCACCCACAGAGAUAAUGCAGAGGAGAGAGUGAUGUUUCUUGGCCAGAAUCUUUCCUCGGUCAGGUCUCCCGGCGAUCCUGCUACCAUUAAGUUCGCUGGAGCAGAUGUCUACUGUGAUGGAGGUUACACAAUCACAAGAUCCUGAAACUCGUAGUGAGAAUAAUGUCGAAUUUUGAAAACUGUAAUUAAUGCAUUAAUGGAAAAACUCCAGAAUUAUGUUUUAUGGUUAAACUUACAAUUAUGGUUAUGUUACAUGAUUAGAUGAAAAGUAAUUAGUAUGUGAAUAUGUAUGUUAUGUUUGUGGAAUAAACAUAGAUUAGCUAAUAUAUAUCUAGUAUGCAUGCCCAUGUCUUUUUACCCAAAAGAACUAAUUGGUGGGUUUAUGGCUU